AUGAACGCUAACAGAGUUUCGCGAUGGAGCCCUUUUCGUCGGCACGGAUUGAGUGGACAGACAGCGGAAGUGGAAGAGAGGGAUGAUACGACUGCUAAUGCGAGUACUACACCCGCGACCGGGUCGAACAAGAAAUCGAAACCGAAGACUUGGGAGACGACGGUAGAGAGAGUUGAGAGCUGGCCUGAGGAGGCUCGGCCGUUGAAGAAACAUACAUGGCUCUCGUAUCUAUACGGAAUCGGGGACCUUUUGCUUGUUCUCUUGCCGGUAUACUUCAUUCUCCUCGGCAGUGCUGCUGCUAGCUUGCAUGGUAAGCCGACAAAGGACAAUGGCCUGGGAACCAAGGUCGAGUUUGCUAUGGAUUUGGGCCCUACCAUCUUCCCUAUAGUCUUCGCAGCGAUAUGUGGACGCAGCAUGAAGAUGAUAGCCCGGUUCCUUGCAGAGAAAGGUGCUAAAAUCAGCACUUUAGAACUUUUGAUGGCAAGCCAGUCUGUAUGGGGCACGUUCGAGAGUCAGCUGCUCAUGCAGAGGCUCACUAUUGUCGGCGCAAACUUGCUGUUCCUCUGGGCUCUGUCUCCGCUGGGAGGUCAAGCAUCUCUUCGCUUGAUGAGUCGGGAGCACGAGGCAAGCUAUACUUCUACGAAACUGCGCUAUCUUACGACGGGUCCCGCUGGUGCAAUGUUCCCUGCCGCGACUAGCAAUUUCCAACGAAGCAAGUAUGCUGAGGCUGGUGCCCUGUACAACGCAGCACUACUUGCUCCGCUCUCAGUCAAGCUUGGCCCUCAAGAUUCAUGGGGCAACGUCAAGAUACCAAGGUUAGAUGCACUCAAUCAGUCUAACGUGGAUGCAGAUGGCUGGCUAGAAGUCCCUUCUCAGAUGCAAGUACCGGAGAUAUACUCAUCCUUGGUGGGUGUGCCGAUAGCUGGACUUCCGACGAAUACCAGCAACAAACUCACACUAGAGUACAAUUACUUGUCUGUGAAAUGUGGACCUUUCGACCAGCAGCCUUAUCCGGGCACCCACGGGACAGGCGAUCCAGGUGCUACCAACUACACCAAAUUAGAUGAGAUGGUACCUGGACAGAUCUGGUGGAACAAAUCUCAGCCCGAUCUACAACCCUUUGACACCUUGGGAGGCAGGGCAUCAUUCCUGAUCGAUACGGCUCGGGAUCUAGCACGUCCUCCACCCACCAGGCAACGGGAUAGGGACCUUUACCUUGGCAGGCUAGAUGGGUUUAUUGGCCACUACAACCAAUCUCGGCUUACCCAAGCUGAAAGCAAGAUCCCACGGAAGUUGACAUUUGCGUCUGUAUAUGGCAUCAGCAAAGACGGUACUGAGCAAGGCUUAAACAUCGCGAAGUGUGACCUUUUCCAGCACCACGUCGAAGCAUCAAUACAAUGUGCUGGAAUCAAGUGUGCCACUUCCAAAGUCAGGAAUUCUACAACAGAUACGCGACCUACCGCGUUGACAGCGUUCGAAUACUUCGUUAUCAUGGAAGCUUUCGCGAAGGAAUUUCCCACGGCGAUCAAGUUCAACGAAGGGUCUAGCCCGACUGAGCUGUUCAUGGCAAAUACCUCAACCUUUCCCUUCAUACAGAAAGCUGGACGGUUGUUUGCAGACGAAUUCUACACGAAUCUGUCUGUACUACCAACGGAUCUCUUUUCGAAGAGACUUAGCUUGGUUUUUAAUACCUAUUACCAGCUCAGUAGCCAAUCUUCCGGUUACUUUGGUAGUUUAACCGGUAACCUAUCCGCAUACGGUCCAGUCACCUUACCGGUGACCGACGCAAACGUUUACCUCCCAGCGAAUUUGUCGGCGACGACGCACUCUAUCUUCGACUGGAUCGUCAAGUUCCAGCAGACCGUCACCGAUUCCAACUCGCCCUUCCUUGGUGCAACAACAACUGCAAAUACCACAUCUACGGAAGAGAUAUUUGUUUGCAAUUUUGCAUGGCUCACGCUUCUUCUGACUGCGUCGCUGAUCAUUCUCAUAACUGGUGGUGUCGCUGUAAUACUCAAACGGAAAACACUUGGACCAGAGAUGUUCGGGUUCGUAACAAGCAUGACGUACGAAAACCCAUGGCUCAAUAUUCCACAAGGUGGGACUAUGCUGGAUGCUAUGGAAAGAGCUAGGCUUCUGAAAGAUGUGGAGGUACACGUUGCCGACGUGCACGGCAAUGACAACGUUGGCCACAUCGCCCUCGCCGCUGGUGUACCCAUGCGAAAACUAGAACGAGAGCGUCUCUAUUGCUGA